CAGGUCUGGUUCUCCAGGAGGCCAGAAGAAGACAUCAGAUCAUCUGAAAUUGUUAGAGACAGUUUUGAGUUGCCAUGUGGGUCUGGAAACUGAACCCUGGCUCUUUGUAAAAGCAGCAAGUGCUCUUAGCCCCUCAGCCACCUUUGUGUCCUCAGCUCCAUGCGCUGCUAGAAUAGAGUGCUCAAAGCUUUGACAAAGUGAAAAGUCAAACGCAAAGUUAAAAUGGUCUUUUUGUUUGUUUUUUUGAGACAGGGUAUCUCUGUGUAGCCCUGGCUGUCCUGAAACUUGUUCUAUAGACCAGGCUGGCCUUGAACUCCUAGAGAUCCUCCUGCCUCUGCCUCUUGAGUGCUGGGACUAAAGGUGUACACCACCACUGCCUGGCAGAACACUGAAUCUUAACAGUAGACAAUAAAGUAAGUGAUACUGUCUCUUUUUUAUAUAAAAAAUUAUCUGCACACAAUCAUAAAAAGAGGUCCAGUUACACCAAAGCGUUGAAGUGAUUAUUUAUAGGGUAUUAGAACUUGGAGUGGUUUGAGUUUCUUUUCUGCUUAUUUCCUGUUUUCACAUGACGUGAAAGAUGUUAAUACUCCAUCCAGACAGGACAGCACAGUUAUGAGGGGAGAUUGGGGUCUAGACAAUGUAUCCCUCUGAUUCUGUGGACCUAAUAAAGCAGUUGACACUGUGUUGUGACUGUUCUGUGUGGUAAAUGCGUGGCGUGAAGACGCAAUUGCCAGGCUUCAGGAGUGCAGCAGGAGUCUUCUUGCUAGGACAUCUGACCUCCGCCUGUUACCCUGAAAACAAGUGGCAGUAGAUUUGAUCUGCGUGAAGGUAGAGACAAAGAGACAAAUGAGAUUUAUGAAAGGAGCGUCAAUAGGAUUUAGGAUGGGCUAAUGCAUGGCAGGAAGCAGAGGCUGUAAUGGAGCCCAUAGCCCGGCAAGAGCCAUUGGCUGUAUGGUGACGUCAUUCACCAAGGAGCCAUACCGGAGGUGGGAAGUAGUCAGGGCUUCUAUCCUAGCCAACCUUUAUAAGAGAUGCCCUUGAAAGAGCAAAAGCCACAAUGAGAAGCAGAGGCAGACGUUUGGAACGCUGAAGGAACUCCUGUAAAAGGAGCUACAGCACUCAACUGCUUGAGAGAGGUCCCGGGCCAGGACAAGCGCAAGGAGGUGCUGCAAGUAUUUAAGUUUGUGUAAGAAAAAGGAUAGCCUGAAAAUGGAGUGUUGAGAGUCAGGCGACAAUGGCAGCCCAGUACCAUGGUGUGGGGUCCACAACCAGAAAGCCCAGUGCCGGCUAUGGUGAGAGGAGCUGGAGAGCUUGGAGACCAAGACCAGGAAAAUUCCCAACUGAGAAUUGUCUUACUGGGAAAAACGGGAGCAGGAAAGAGUGCAACAGGGAACAGCAUCCUCGGGGAGAAGGUGUUUCAUUCUGGCAUUUGUGCAAAAUCCAUUACCAAGGUCUGUGAGAAAAGGGUGAGCAUCUGGCGUGGGAGAGAGCUUGUUGUCGUGGAUACACCUGGUGUUUUUGACACUGAGGUACCAAAUGUUGACACGCAAAAAGAGAUCGCUCGCUGUGUUGCCCUGACCUCCCCAGGGCCUCAUGCUCUGCUCCUGGUGGUUCCAUUGGGACGUUACACCAUGGAAGAUCAUAAGGCUACACAGAAGAUUCUAAGCAUGUUUGGAAAGAAGGCGAGAAGAUUCAUGAUUCUCUUGCUCACCAGGAAGGAUGACUUGGAAGACACCGAUAUCUGUGAGUACUUAAAGUCAGCUCCUGAAGACCUUCAAGAGCUGAUCCGUAAGUUCGAGGAUCGCUACUGUUUGUUCAACAACAGAGCAUCAGGAGCUGAACAGGAGGACCAGAGGACACAGCUGUUGACCUUGGUCCAGCACAUGGUGACAGAAAAUGGAGGAAGAUGCUUUACCAACAAGAUGUACAGAAGUGCCGAGAAGGAGAUUCAGAAACAAACCCGGGAGAAGCAAGAGCAUUACAGACAGGAGUUGGAGAGAGAGCUAGCGCGGAUAAGAGAUGAUUAUGAAGAGCAGAUUAGAGACCUGAAAGAUCAGCUGGAGUGGGAGAGGAGAAAGGCACAGAUGGAGAGGGAGUUCACCAGAACAAAGGCUUACUACACAGAGAGACAGCAAAAUGCUAGGAGGGAAGUGGAGACCCAAAAUACGAUAGUUGAUAUAAUCUUAAAAAUAUGGGAGGUUGCUUGCUUUAUCAUCAGUCAGUUUAUGCAAGAUGACUAAGACCUGGUCUAUACGACUAGACCUCAUCUGCUUUCCGCAUUUGUUCCUGAUAACCCUGCCCACCCCUCACUGGCCAAAUUCUCUGCUUUCCGUCCUCCAGAACUAAGGAGUAAAAGGCACCUUUGGCAGUUGACAGAUGUUCAACUGACUUAGCAAAAAACCCCAACCAAUCCUCUAGAACAACUCAAAAGCAGAUGUAUUCAUGCUCGCCACCCUUGCGUUCUUCCUCAGAGAAAGUCACCCAGGAGCCCCCAGGAGAUGACUGUAAGAUGUUCCCAUUCGUCCUCCUCUGAUUCUCAACAAUAAUCUUCACCUGCAGCUGCUAUACACUGCUGCUCAGGUUUUUUUUUGACAACAGUCCUCUAUGUUUUAUUAGAAGUUCAAUUCUUUGCAUGAGGUAAUCUUUAGAUGACUGUACAGUUCUCAGUGAGUGUCAGUUUGUUUUGUUACAAACUCAUGAAUGGCCUCAAAUUGUUCGCCAUCUUUCCUUUGAAGGAAAAGCAAAUCUUAUAAGUCAAGUAACUCAGGAUAAGCACAAAUUAGCAAUUUAAUAGACGACACUGCAGUGUUCGAUAUGCUCAGGUGUGUCUCUAGAAGCUCUCUGUCAACCUUCUAACCAGUUUGAUGAAGUCAGUUCUCUGCUUGAGAAUUGAUCUGAUUGCUCCAACCCCACCCCAUACCCCAAUACAUCCAGCUUGUAUUGCUUCUGCCCAGCCCAGCUAAUUUGCUUAUUAUUUUUAUAAUAAACUUUUCUACUGCCUCA